GUAGAUUCUCAGCUCGGUGUCAGGUGACUGACAGACAACCUCAGCGACAGAGUCUGCGUCGGACGUGACAGUGGUUGGUGCCACAGCAUGCAAAACAAGGCGUCGGGUGCCACGCGGGCAGCUGAGCUGAGCAGGGCAGGGCAGCAUGAGGCAUGGAGCAGUCGCUGCAAUGCUCUCGUUCUCUGACGCACUCCCGACGAUUCUUUCGAUUCGAUUGAUUGAUUGAUUCUUCGAUUUGUUGAUUGCAGAAGAGGACGAAGUGGAUGAAUAGUUGUGGAAGAAUUCUGUGGCACUAACAUUCUUGAGAGAGUAACAUCGGAAGGUCGUCAAAGUGAAGGCGUCAGUGAGAGCCAUGGCUGCCUCGUCUGUAACCAUGGCAUGUCUAACUUCAGUUAGUGUCGUCAAGGUACCAGACUCUCAGUAUCCAAGCACUAAAAGACACUGUCCUACAGCUCCAGUUCUUCCGAGCAUCCAGCCUCGAAGGACGCCGUAUCGUUCAGGAUUCUUUGCUGAUUUUCCGAAUGCACAAGUCCACUCGCGAUGCGCUUUUGCUCAAGCCUCGUCGUCGAGAAAGAUCCCAACAUUGCCUACCAUGGCGUCGCUGCGAGUGGAAGACGAAGUAGUGGAGCCAGUGACGAACAUCAAAUUUCCCAAGAGCACGAUCGCCCCUGGAGCCUCCACAGACCUUGUGCUUGCGGGAGCUGGUGUACGAGAAAAGAAGAUUGCCUUUCUUAAAGUAAAAGUUUACGCCGUUGGCUUCUAUGUCGAUCCCAAAGGGAUUUCUUCUCUAGACGCAUGGAAAUCGAAGGGGACAAGUGAGCUUGAGAAGGACGAGAGUUUCUCCAAGGUGCUGAUUGAUAUCCCUGUUGAAAAAUCUCUGAGAAUUGUGUUGGCAAGAGACAUUGAAGGAGCCCAAUUCUGGGGAGCUUUGGAUGAAGCCCUAGCACCAAGAUUGAAAGCAGCAGGAGCAGGAGCUGCAGGAGAACAAGCUCUUAACUCUUUUGGUGAUGUGUUCAAAAACAGGCCUCUGAAGGAGAAAACUGUAAUUUCUCUCACCUGGACGCAACCAUCCACGCUGCACAUAUCUAUCACACCAGAAGGACGAUCACCUUCGGCUCCCGAUGCUUCUAUUGACUCUCUAGAUCUUGUUUCCAGCUUGUAUGAUGUUUAUCUUGGGAAGGAUCCGGUUUCUCCCUCCGCAAAGGCUUCAGUAGUAAGAGGGAUUUUCUCUGUUGCUUAAUGUGUGAAUAAACUUCAAGAUAGUCCGAUCUGGUUGAUGGGCGUAUUCCCUGCCUAACGUAUGUAAAUUAACAUCCAUCGAGAACUUAUGUCAAAAGUUUAUUCCUGCAACUCC